GAAACCAAGUGGAAGAGGACUCAUUAAAGAUAUUACAAAGAAAGCUGUUUGGCUGGCAGAAAAUGAGAGAAAAGUGGAGGGAUUCUGUGAAAGAGUUGAAGAAAGUGAGCUUCAUGGCAGCUCCCAUGGUGACAACCACGGUUUUGCAGUAUCUUUUACAGGUUGUUUCAGUGAUGAUGGUCGGACAUCUUGGCGAUGAAGUCUUGCUUUCGGGCGUUUCGAUAGCUACAUCGUUCACCAGUGUUACUGGCUUCAGCCUGCUCUUUGGAAUGGCUGGUGCGUUGGAAACUCUAUGUGGCCAAGCUUAUGGGGCUGAGCAAUAUCAAAAGCUUGGAACUUACACUUACACAGCCAUUAUUUCUCUCCUUUUGGUAUGUUUUCCAAUUUCUAUCCUUUGGAUCUUCACAGACAAGUUCCUGUUGUGGAUGGGGCAGGAGCCUUCCAUUUCCCUUGUGGCUGGCAAAUACGCGAUCUCACUGAUCCCAAACCUCGUCGCCUACGCCGUGCUUCAGUCGUUGGUUCGGUAUUUUCAGGCCCAGAGCUUGAUCCAUCCAUUACUGUGCUCCUCUUGUGCAGCUCUGUGCUUUCACAUUCCUGUUUGUUGGCUUCUUGUGUUUAAAAUCAACAUGAGAAGUGUUGGGGCUGCCUUGGCUCUUGGGUUGUCCUAUUGGCUCAAUGUGGUCUUGCUUGGAUUGUACAUGCUCUUCUCUCUGUCGUGCAAGAACACCCGUGCCCAGGUCUCGAACGAUGUCGUUCGGAGCGUGCCCGUGUUCUUUCGGUUCGCCGUUCCUUCAGCAGUGAUGGUGUGCCUUGAAUGGUGGUCAUAUGAGGCAAUAAUCUUGCUCUCUGGGCUUGUACCAAAUCCAAAAUUGGAGGCCUCGGUGCUUUCUAUAUGCUUCACAGUAACUUAUCUGCACUACUUCAUACCAUAUGGGUUUGGAGCCACAGCGAGCACAAGAGUUUCAAAUGAAUUGGGAGCUGGGAAUCCGGCGGCGGCCAAAGCGGCGGUUCAGAUUGUGGUGGCGGUGGCUGCGGCGGAGCUGGUGGCCGUCAGCCUCGCUCUCUUCUUCUGCCGCCGUGUGUUGGGGUUCGCUUUUAGCAGCCAGAAGGAAAUUGCGGACCAAAUUGCAGCCAUGGGGCCUCUCAUUAGCCUUUCACUCAUUGUGGAUGGUUUCCAAGCUGUUUUUUCAGGGGUUGCAAGAGGGAGUGGGUGGCAAAAAUUAGGGGCAUACGUAAACCUUGGGGCAUACUACCUUUGUGGGAUUCCAGUGGGUGCUGCUUUGGCCUUCAUCGUGCACUUGAAAGUGAAAGGACUUUGGAUUGGAUUGCUCAUUGGCUCUUCUCUGCAAGCACUUCUCCUUGCUCUCAUUACCAUUUCAACUAAUUGGCAAAAACAGGCAUCAAAUGCAAGAGAAAGAAUGUUUGAGGCCAAUUCUUAAGUCCUAUUGCCCCUGCCAAAAAGUUGUAAAUAAGAAGAAAACACAUACCACAAAUUACCAAUUCCAAAAAUUUAUAGUUUUAUUUUCGUUGUUAACUGGAGUUAGUGAUUUCGACCUCGUUAUUUCGAUUCAAACGAGUUAAUACUUAAAGUUGAUGGUGAGGUUGUUUGGUAAUACACCAACAUGAACUUAGCUCAAUGAUUCAUGCCUUCCCGUCUGCAUUUCAUAUUUGUUGUACUAAAAAAUUA